AUGGCAUUUUCGUACUCAAAAUGGAAAUUACAUAGAACGGUAGACCGGUCGCCGCCGGAGCAACCUUAUCCAGGAGUGUCUAUUCUGAAGCCCUUAACAGGCGUAGAUCCUAAUUUGUUCUCUAACUUAGAAACUUUUUUCACUCUCGAUUACCCUACUUACGAAGUGCUGUUUUGCGUUGAAAACGAGCACGAUCCCGCAGUGAUGCUGGCCAACAGUCUUUUACAUAAAUAUCCACACAUUGAAGCGCGACUGUUUGUUGGCGGUAUGUGUGUUGGCGUGAAUCCGAAGAUCAACAAUAUGCAACCAGCGUACUUGGCGGCAAAAUAUCCAUUGAUACUGAUAAGCGACGCCGGCAUUCGUAUGCGGGAAGACACGCUAAUAGAUAUGGUAAAACAUAUGCGGGAGGACGUUGCUAUCGUCCACCAGAUGCCGUUCGUCUGUGACGCAGAGGGAUUCGCCGCCGUUUACGAGAAGGUUUUCUUCGGCACUGCCCAAGCGCGGAUGUACCUCGGCGCCGAUUUCCUGGGCAUAAACUGUCACGUCGGCAUGUCGUCGAUGAUACGGCGUUGCGCCCUAGAGGAGACAGGGGGGCUGGCAGCGUUCGGUGACUACCUCGCCGAAGAUUACUUUAUGGCGAAGGCGGUGGUGGCUCGAGGGUGGCGUAUGCGUGUCGCGUCGUUGCCCGCGUUGCAGAACUCCGGUACGCGGUCGGUGGGAGCGUUGCAGGCGCGGUUGACUAGAUGGGCGAGGCUCCGUAUCGCGAUGGUGCCCACCACCACACUCCUGGAGCCGCUCAGCGAGUGCAUGCCGCUCGGCGCCGGCGCCGCGUGGGCCGCCGGUCAGCUGUUCGGCGCGGAACCCUUACCAUUCUUUUUAGUGCAUGUGCUAGUGUGGUUUCUGUCUGACUGGUUGAUACUGCGAUCUGUGCAGAACGGAUCGCCUCCGUUCACAAAAGUGCAGUUCCUUCUCGGUUGGGUGUGGAGCGAGUGCUGUGCACCCUUUGUCCUCGCGGCCGCCCUCCUAAACCCAGAGAUCUCGUGGCGGACUCGCUGCUACCGGCUAGACUGGGGUGGUCGCGCCCACGAGCUCAAGCCCAAACUCAAGUUC